CCUGAUCUGCAAGACGCAGUGAAGUCAUCCUGUCAGAGAGCCAGAGCAAUCCAUAGCAGUCUCUUAAUAAGAUAAACAGAGAAGUAUUAUAUGGCACACAUCAAGCCCAAGAGAAAUUUAGAGAGGCUUGCCGGGUAUAAGAGGAGAACAGAAGCAAGAGUUGGAAAACAGACUUUAGGUACCACCCAGGAGAAGACCUAAGCAACCAGCAACUCACCAGGGCAAUUGAAGAGGAAGAAAAUCAGAAGCCAAGACAGAAGUCCACUGGCAGAGACACAAGAAAAGAGAGAGCAGUUCUGCAUGAUGAGCAACCCAAGUUAUGAGACCAAUGUGUCUGCCCCCCCCAAUCCAUCUCCUUAUCCUGAACAAAAACCUCAUGAAGAGUCUGAUCCACUGACAAUGCCUGUUGGGCCGGCACCCUGUCUGGGCUAUGGGGCAGCUCCUGCUAUGCCACCACAAUAUCAGUUGUAUCAGGGUCCACCUUCUCAACAGUCUCAUCAAGAUAUAUUUGUGGAGUCUCAGCAGGAUGUCUUUAUUUCACCUGUCCAGGCCACCAGUGAGCCUGACUACCUGCGCUACUCCAUCUUCACUAUGUUCUGCUGUUUCCUACCCUUUGGAAUUGUGGCCGUGAUUUAUUCCAUAAAGACUCAAGAAUCCAACCGAAGAGGAAACUACACAGCUGCUCGAAAGCACUCCAGGCUGGCACGCACCUUUGGCUAUGCUGCAGUUGGCGCUGGGCUCAUUUUGUGGACUCUGUACAUCAUCUUAACUAUAAUCCGCUUCAGGAAUAUCAGUGAUUAGACAUCAAAGUGAAGUCCAUCAAAACAACAGGCAUUAUAUGAUGUCCUUACAGUCCAGCUUUACCCAAAAGCCCUAGCUGGAAGUAAUUUUGUUUGCAUCAUUUCAUUCAUAUGCACAUGAACUGACUUGAUGACCGGCAGUUGAGUAUGUGAACUUCCAAGCCCUGCACCUGAGCCAACCAUUACCAUUCUGAAAGUUCUCCCUACCAGUAGCCCAUCUGCAUCAAGUGAUAAGUCUCAUGUGUAAUGCAACUCUAUGAUAUCAAAAGGUCCAGGAUGGCCACUUAAGAUCACAGGAGGUCCAUUGAAUGCCUGGACAAUAUCCAUCUCAUUAGCCAGGGUUAUUUGUUUGUUUCUGUUGCAUGUAUAAUUUACUUUUUUUUUUUUUCUGGGAGUUCAAGUUUAAACUAUGCAUUCUUCUCUCCCUUCUUUUUAUCAUCAAAACAACA